UAUUUGGUCUUUGAGCUGUGUAGUCGGGGCGAGGUGUUCAAUCUGAUUGAACCGCGAGCCGGCAUUCGCCGCGACCUGUUGGGGCCCAUCUAUGCACAGCUGAUUGAUGCCGUGACCUAUCUACACACCAAGGGCAUUGCCCACCUGGACAUCAAGCCAGAGAACAUGCUGCUCAAUCAUGACGGCCGCCUCAAACUCUGUGACUUUGGUCUCUCUGUUUUGAGUGAGGACGGGCCUCUGUAUUCCUGCCGCGGCUCGACCGGCUACGCAGCGCCGGAAAAUCUCAAAUGCCACUACGCGGCCGUCGCCAAGCGUGCCGUUCAAGGUUACGAUCCACUCAAGGCAGACGUCUGGUCCUGUGGAGUGGUGCUCUUUGUGCUUUUUUACGGCUACACCCCGUGGGAUAUUGCUCGCGAGGCGACGCCCGAGUACCGUCUCUACAAGCACACCGAGGGCUACCCCAACAGCAAACCCUGGACCAAGAUGGCUUCAGUCUUCCGCAACCUCUUUCACCGGUACUGCAUGGCCUCUCUGCUCGUCACCCGUCACCGUGCCCGCCGCAAUGCGUUGGGCUGCAUCUGUCCGCCCAAGUGUCUCCGCUCAUCUUUCCUUGCUUGCUGA